AACAUAUUCAAGUUGGUCACAAAUGCUUGGAAAUUUUCAAUAGAAUCAUGUUGGGAUGUCCACCUGUAAAUGAAAUUCCUAAACAUACUGAUCCUAUGAUAUCUACUAAAGAAAGCCCGUUACAAAAUUCACUGCGGAAAAAUUUGUCAAAAAGUUUUUUAAAUGAUGGGGGUUUAUAUCACGCACUUCCAUUAUUUUCUAUAAUUGAAAGAGGUAAAGAACAGAGACAUUAUGUAGAGAGAGUUUCAAACUAUCAAAUGUCACAGGAUUCGAUCGAAUUGCAAGAGUUGACAUUGUCAUUUCUUUUAAGACUGUUAAAGACACGAAUAAAAAGCGCUGAAGUCUCUUGGAUGGAAGUUAACUUGUUAGAAAGAUCUUCAGAAAAUAAUAAUAAUAAUAGAUUAGUUGCGGCAAUUGCAUCAUUUAUCAAACGUACUGACAACUUGAACAUCUCAAUAUUAUCCUGCGAGUUGUUGACUUUACUUUUUGAGUUAGCUAUAAAAGCGUUACCAAAAUGGACAUCGUUAGGUAGUCUUCUUGGAAGUGACUCUGAAUCAAAAAAUUUGAUAAAUAUUUUUCUACAUAGGCUUAAAACGGAGGUUCAAGCACCAACUCUUCAGGUUGCCAUCUUAAAUUUUUUCACUAUUUCGACUCACGCACAUAUUGGGUUAAUUAUUCAGGGAUCCCAUAUUUUCUCCGAUGUAUUUGACCGUAAAGGCAAAUCCAAAGCUACGGACGUUACUUCUUUUGAUUCUAUUAUUCGAAUUGUUCUCGAUUUUCUACAAGAUUGGGAAAAUCUUCAGCAAGAAAAACCGUUUUUAUUACUAGCUACAAUACGAUUCCUUGAUGUAUUAUGGGAAAAUUCUCGGAAUUUUGAUAAAAGUAUUUUGCAAACAUUACGGGAAGAUAAUAAGUUUUGGGACAAUUUAGCAGCAAUACUUUUUGGGGAUUUGGAUACAAAAAUACAACCACAUAAAGUUUUCGAUUUAGUUCAAGAUCAUCUUAUUAGUGAUGUUAAUAAUAUGGUGGCACAAGUAUGUUGCCAUCUUAAUAUUAAAGCUCGGGUGCUGCGAAUAUUAGCGCAUGAAAUUUAUAUUCUGACAUCAUUUAAUGGUUCGAAAGAUGCCAAUGAUUUUCUCAAAGCCAUUCCUUCAGGCGGUUUGAGAACAAUUUUUGCGGAAAUUAAGGAUUCAGAUAAGCUUACAACAUGGCUUAAAGAUUUUACACGUAUUGACUAUGAUUCAACAAUUCAACGUUCUCUUUAUGACAUUAGAGAACGUAGCUUUCCUUGGCUCAAAUUACAAAGACUGACCAUUGUUUGUUGGAAUGAGGAUUAUGAUUUAAGUCAUAUUUAUGGUGACAAUUACAUGUAUGAUAUUAAUUUAGCAAGGAAAUUAUUAAGCCUUCGCAAUAAUUCACCAGAUUCUGAAAGAUUAUUGCAUGCAUUAUGUAAAGAAAAUCAUCAUUGGUCCCGGAUAGAUGCGCAAGUUGUGUUGCUCAGGUCAUGGAAAUAUCUUAUGGAAGCAGCUUCUGAUAGGUUGGCUGGUGUCUUUUGGACGUUGAAAAACAAAUCCGACGUUUCUUGGCCGAUUUUGAAAGGUAUUGCGGAACGUAUUGAAGAAGAAACGCGCGAUGGGCAUAUCAUAAUGAUGAUGAUUCGUGAUGACUUGGCUUCUUUACUGUUACGCUUAUUGGAACGAUUGUCGACUUCUGAGGAAUCCUCUAUUCCAGAUCACACUAUACAUUAUGCUGAAUUAAUCAAUCUAUUGCACAAUGGAAUAAUGAGUGUAAUUUUUCCUAUCCGUGACUCUGUUUUAGAACGUUCUACACCGCCGUUUCAUCGACCGCUUUUACAAUCUCUAUUAUUAUGCCUUCGCGCACUUCACAAUAGCCCUUUAUCACGUGAUAAGUCAAUCUUACCAGGAUUUCAGUCUACUUGCCGUUCUCUCCUUACCGAAAUUAGCGCUUUGCUGGAAUCGCUUAUGAGCAGGAAAGUAAAUGAUAAUGCUAUUGAGGAAGACAUUUUGACAUUGGUCGCAAUCCUGGAAAAACUUAUACAUCCAUUAUGUAACCCGUAUCCUACUGUCUGGCUCAAGAUUCUAGAAGACCAUCAUAUAAUUCAAUUGCUCCUCAACACAUUUAACUACUCUUUAUCUUUGCCAUGGAAAGAUCGCGCAAUAUAUACCGAUAGCGUGAUGUAUUUUCUUUUAUCGCUGGCAAAUGUUCCAGUUGCAGCGAAGCAAUUGUAUCAUGAUGGAAUAAUGACAGAGUUUUGCAAUAAUAGGUUGUCGCAAGCUUUGCAAAAAGGGGAUGUUCAACCAAAUUCAAAAGAAGAUCGACAUCAAGUGUGGUGCUUUAUGUUGGCAGUGGUAACAAGUAUAUUAUGUACGAUUGAAAGUAAAGAAAAGGCCAAUUAUUUGAGAAACGUAGUAGGCUUUGUCAAUCUUUUCAAUAGUCAAAUCCUUCAUGCAAUGACGUGUGAACUACCAAUUAACAUGCCAUAUCUAGAGGAAAUUCAACGUACAACAAUGUUAUUUCAUCAAUUGGCACUUCAUAUAGGACCACCUGGUGAAAUUGAAAUUUCUCGCUAUUAUGAAGAAUCCUUAACAACACUUUUAGCCAAGAUUAACUAUCUUUUUACUCAUCCAAAAACUACUUCUCUGAUGGUGUUACCGUUGACACCUGAUGAAAAAGAACAAUCAGCCACGCCUGUUUCGGAUGGUAUAAAGUCUGCAUUCCAAAAAGCCAUGCCACAAGUAAAUGUUACAUCUCCCGGUCCUUAUGAAAUGAACAGGUUCAUGCAACGUGUUCAGCAAAAACUUUUAAUAAUUACACGUAAUAUUUUGGCUACCUUUAUUCAUUUGGCCAAUUCUAAGGAUGUUCUUACCAUGUCUAUACCGAUAUGGUCGGAGCAACGUAUAUACUUUGAACCAUUGAUAAAAGGUUCAGAUGAUGAGCCUGCAACUAUUGCCACCUUAUUAGAAUUAAUGGACUACGGGCUAACGUUACUUGAGUUAUGGGAAUUAUCCAUUAGCUCUGAUCAAAUUGAUGAUUGGCAAUUCUGGCGCGUGACUUGGAAAACAACUACAACUUUUAUUGAAAUGACCUUUGUUUUAGCAACAUCGCAAUUGACAUCAAGCUUUUACUCUGAACCACAUAAACGAAAAGAUAUUCAAGAUUUAAUGACUGAUGUGAAAUCUCGUAUGAUCAAUGUACAACGAUUAAUAAAAAAAUUAUUAGACACUGGCGCACGAAUUAAAACGGAGGAACAUGAGUUAAAAUCAGUUGAAAUAGUUUUGCGUGGAUUACAGCAGUUUAUCUCUAAGGCAUUAGGUACGGUUUAG